UCUCUCCCUAAAUAAUGGCUUCACACCCUAAAGCUUCUUCCAACAAAAGCUUCAUCCAUGCCCCUGCACAGCUCGCCCCCACCACCGCCUCCGCGGCGGCGGCGGCAUCUCGAGCACCGGCGAGUCGCAGGAAGUUUUGCUUCCGGAAGCGGAGGAAGCUGCCAACGGCGCGGCUGGGAGGGAAGAAGCCCCGGCGGGGAUUCUUUCUGGUGAAGCUUUUCAGGCGGGCGAAACUGCGGUGGCUGCGGCUGCACUACUCAACCAUGCUGAAGAAGAUCAAAGAUUAUUACCAGCGCCUGAUAAAGGAUAUCGUCGACGGCGGCGGAGCCAUUGAUUCCUUCCAGCAACGGUUGAUCAUGGAGACGUCCUUUGCCGUUCCGGUGAUGGGACUUUCUUUGAACUCUUUUCCUAACCAUUACGGCAAAUAGCUUGCCGGCGCCGCCGGAGCCGUAUUUUCUUCUUUUUUUUCCGGUAAAUAACUCCGAUCUCCUUCAUUCUCAUGUGUAACUUUCUCAAGAUCUUCCGUGGGCAAUAAACAAAAAAAUAAAUAAAAAGAGAUUUUUUCG